AUGCUAGUAUUAUACUGCUUCCUCAUGAUGGUAUUGCUGCCAUUCUGUUUGUAUCUUUUAAUUGUUUUGUGCAUAAGAGUCUGUUCUGAUGAAAAGCAUAAACUUACUUUAAGAGAGACCUUGGCUGAUGCUUUUUGUUGUAAAAGAGAAACGAUAUGUUGCUGUAAAUGUGAAGAAGAAGAAAUAUAGGAGAAAAAGGAAAAUAAGGAAAAAGAGGAAGAAUGGCCAGAAUAUAUAGCAAAAAACUUUGAUCAGCAAGGAAAGGAUAUUGAAAAGCUUCCAGAAAACAAUUAAACUAUAAAAGAUCAUGAAAGUAAAGCAGGUGAUGAAAAACUAAAAGAAGAUGGUCCAAAGGAUCAAUCAAACUAAUAAUUAAAUUAAAUAAAAUUGCCAGAAAUUGAUAAAAAGAAAGGAAUUCUAAAGACUCCAUCAUUUGAUUCUCUUGAGGAAAUAGAUCAACCUUAGCAUGAUGAUUCAGUGAAAAGGGAGGAAUAAAAAGGAUUAUAAUCUAAAGAAGAUAAAAAGUAAACUGAGAUUAAAAGUGAGGGAGAAAAUGUCAAAUCAGCCUCAAAGACAUCUUCAAAGGAGAAUGGAUUUCAUAAUAUGAACAAAAAGCUACAUGAUAGUUCACCAGAUGUAGAGGAAGAUAUGGAUGAUGGAGAGGAUUUUGAUUAAAUUGCUAAGGUAAUUGAUAACAGUACAUCAUUAAGAAAAAAACCAUGA